AUGUUUGUCAUUCGUUUCACACCAGGCGUCCUCUUCUUUAUACUAGCUCCAGUCUUUGGUGCGCUCAUCAUUGUCGUCUGCAUCGUCCACGCGAAUCGUGGCAUCCGAGCGCGACGGGCAAGAGUAGCGGCGUUGGAAGAAGAUCAACUGCUAUCAAGAAGACCCGACGUCUAUAACUGUUGGCUCAAUCGUGGAACAUACACACAUGCCGAGCCCAGGCUCUCAGACUCGAAAUUAGACGGACUUUACUCGCCACAAGGACAUGCCUGGACUCCUUUGACACUACAAAUGACCGACGACGAUAAACUCGUGCUGGUGACGCUCAUUACGAUGCCGGCGGAGAACAAGCACAGGGCAGAAAUCGGCGACCAAGAAGUCGAAUUCGCAACUCGGGAUACCCAAUUAGAAACGCGUUCUAGGCUGCCAGUGUUGUAG